AUGUUUGCACGACUUCUGCUGUCCCUGGUCGCGUCCUCCGCGGCGUUGCAUCAGCACCUGGGCGAGCAGCUGGCUCAGCAUGGCAACUCCUACGACCUCGCCACCGUGCACGUCGCGUACGCGACGACGCCCGACGGUUUCCCUGGGCUGCUCCACAGCAUGAUCUCGGUCGCCCGCAAUUUCCAAGGGGACCUUUGCCACAUCCACGUGAUCGUCGCGGAGGACCAUACCGUGCAGGCCAACGAAGUGUUGACGUGCUUCAGGCGCGAUGUGGCGAACCUCUCGUUCGUCACCAAGGCAACCCUGCACGUCAUGCCGGCCCUGCCCUGGGACACCUCGCUCAUGCGUACGAGCGCCGAGGGCCUAGCGCGCAGCUGGGGCCAUCAGGACAAGCUCAGCCAGCCCACCGUGUUCGCGCGCUUCUACCUGCACCAGAUCUUCAGCGACCUGCCCCGGAUCCUGUGGCUGGACGUGGACACCAUCGUGUGCACGGACGUGACUGGGCUCUGGGAGACGGAGAUGACCCACCCGAUCGCGGCGCGCGCGAUCAAGAGGAAGGUUGUCGGCCGUGAGUUCCACGGAUGGUCGUGCGCGAAGCACCUCGACCAGGAUCACCACUUCACCGCCUUUAACACUGGCAUCAUGGUGCUGGAUCUGAACAAGUGGCGCCAGGGCAAUUACACCCACGAGCUCGAGAAGACGGCGGCGGCGUGCGUGACCAACGACCAGCCGACUUUCAACUUAGUGUUCAUGGACAAGGUGCAGUUCUUCGAUAAGUCGUGGAACACUUUUGCCCUGGGGAGCACUGUGAAGGCUCGCACGGCUCGGGUGGGAAACAUCCUGCACUGGAGCGGCCCGACAAAGCCGUGGUCCGAGCCCGAGAAGUGCAACAACCCCGAGGUUAGGAAGGACGACAUGGAUUGCUUGAGCCCCGAAAACCAUGCCGACUACGACAAGUACGCGCCGAAGGAGAAGUGCCUGGCCAUCUGGUGGACGAUGCACGUGCUCUCGGGCUGGAGCGUGGCCGGGCAUCCCGCCGUGGAUCUCGCAGUGGAGCUCGCGCGCGUGAGCGCGGUGGAUCUCGUGACCUUCGACGGGACACCCGCGACGACCUUCAAGUUCGUGGAGCUCAACGACCCGGUCAUGGGUGGACGCUCCACUGGGACCUGGACCCUGAACGCCACGGCGCAGGCUGGCGUGUUCGACGGCGAGGUUGUGGACGUCCCCAGCCUCAAGGCUCCAGGGUUCAUCAAGGCCGCCGCGGACGGCAGCUUCCCAGACGCGUCGAGCGCCGCAGAUGGAGACCUGGUCCUAGAGGUCCGCUCCACGACGCCCGAGUACGAGGGCUUCCGCGUCUCCUUCGCCUCGGGCACCCUGUCCGCGGCGUACGCCUGCGCGGGCGGGGGGUCCAUCCCCCUCAGCCGGGGCUGCUUCAAGGCCAGCUUCUCGGUGCCGGCGGGCGACGACUUCUCUUCGGUGCGGAUCCCCCUCCGGGCCUUCAGCCUCGGGGUGGAGCCCCGCCACCGGCAAGCAGACGGCCACCUGCGCCCAGGACUCGGACGUGUGCCCGACGGCCGCGAAGCUUGCGAAGAUCGUCCGCCUGGAGAUCUGGGCCGAGGCAGGGCGGCCACAGCUGGGGGGCCUCGGGUCCCGGCCCACUGGGUCGAGGAGCAUCGAAGACGAAAAACGGCAUCAGCAUACGGUAGGGGCGUUCGUUAA